AUGUAUACACAUAUGAUGAGUUCCAUACAGAAUAUGUGUGAGAGAAAAAAUAUCACCACGCACGUACAGUGCAUUGGACAAUCUGAGCAUGUGCUCCGUAGAGGCACGUGUGGUGCUUGCAGAAAUAGUGUGUUGUCCAAAGAAAAAAAAAGCAUGAGAAAAGAAGGAAUAAAAAUUAAUCGAAAAUAUAAGAAACUUAUGAUUGAAAAGAAUAGAGUGCAUAAGAGAAAACACGUAGAGUGUUGUGCUGGAAUAAAUGAGGGUCUUGUUCGCAACAGCUUAUUUAGAGGGGUAGAAUAUGUUGCUGGAAGAACUGUACCCCCAACAUUUGGCAAUUGCAGGAGAUGUUGCUGCAAUGCAAGUAGACCAAAUGGAAUAAUCCAUAUAGGCGAAUAUACUUGCCGUAGAGAAAUUUGUACGAAACAUCAGAUGCAGAAUAUUUAUCCGUUAAGCAUGGGCUCUGCGGUACAAGUUUCGAUGGGAUUUCAUCGGAAUGAGUGUGUACAGGGUAAUGUACCGCUGCAAGAAAGGGGCAACACCUAUGGAUUAUGUGCUUAUCCUCAUAUGUGUGGAUUGAGCAACAGGGGUGUCGCAGGUUGUCCUAACUGCACAAACAGAAUGGCAACUCAUAGCGGAGUAGGAAAUCACAACGGAAUGGCAUCUCUAAACAGAGCAGUACAUCCCAACAGAAUGGGAGAUUACCCCCGAAUGGUACCUCCAAAUGGAAUGGGAGCUUACACCCCAAUCAUAUCUCCCAAUAGAGCAGUAGUUCCAAGUGGGGGAGUAUCUCCCAAUAGAGCAGUAGUUCCAAGCGGAGUAGUACCUCCAAAUAGAGCAGUAGUUCCAAGCGGAAUGGUAUCUCCCAACAGAGCAGUAGUUCCAAGCGGAGUAGUACCUCCAAAUAGAGCAGUAGUUCCAAGCGGAGUAGUACCUCCAAAUAGAGCAGUAGUUCCAAGCGGAAUGGUAUCUCCCAACAGAGCAGUAGUUCCAAGCGGAGUAGUACCUCCAAAUAGAGCAGUAGUUCCAAGCGGAAUGGUAUCUCCCAACAGAGCAGUAGUUCCAAGCGGAGUAGUACCUCCAAAUAGAGCAGUAGUUCCAAGCAGAGUAGUACCUCCAAAUAGAGCAGUAGUUCCAAGCGGAAUGGCAUGUCCAAACAGGGCACUACAUCCCAACGGAAUGGAACCUUACACCCGAACAGAAUCUCCAAAUAGAAUUAUCGCUUAUAACCGAAUGGUAGCUUACACACGGAUGCUAUCUCCCAAAAGAGCAGUAGCCACAAACACCACGGUAGUUUCCAACAAAAUUGUAUCGCCAAACAUAGCAGUAGUCCCAAACAGAAUGGCAGUUCCCAACAAAAUUACCACCCACGACGAGAUCGUAAUAUGCAACCAUGUCGAAGAGGUCGACGGAGUGGUUUCGCAGAGUGAAUGCAACAAAGAGAACUUGUCUCGAAGGGAAUCCGUGGCUGAUAAUGACACUGCAAUUAUAGAUAUAAGCGCUAUGCAAGAGAAUGUAGAGGACUCGCCCGUACAAGCUAAUACUCAGAGUGAGUCAACAUCACCAAAUGCACUGAACGAGAAAGUCGCAGAGAGGGAGAGGAAUACAGAAAGUGCAAACAAUACAGACGAUGUAUUAAACCAAAUUAGAGCACGGUACAAGGAUUUUUUACGCAUGUGUUCUUUAAAAAGCGAAAACAUACAAGCUACUAAGGAUGAGGAUGAGCCAUAUCUCAAAAUAUACAAUGGAGAAUAUUCGUGUGACACCGAUUAUUCAUGUGAUGGGUCAGUAGUCGAGAUUGGAAAAAAUGGGAGAGAAGAAUUAACAGAAGAAGAGAAAUUCAUUCUCCGACAAAUGGAAGAAGUCUUGAAAGACAUAGACGAUGAGGAGGUGGCUAAUCAGCCGGAUGACCAAAACAAUAUCGAAGUAGUCUGUCAGCUGGAUGACCAAAACAAUAGCGAAGUAGUUCGUCAGCCGAAUGACCAAAACAAUAGCGAAGUAGUUUGUAAGCCUAAUAAUAAUCGAACAAAUGCGGUAAAAGGGCGCUGUAAAAGAAACCACAAAAAAGCCUUUGAAAGUAACAACAAAAAUGCUCUCCCAAAUGAUGCCGAAAUCGAUCCCAUCAUAACCGCGCUUGAAAAUGCACUUAAAGGUGACUCUCAAAAUUGCCUCGAAAAGGAGCUCACCGGGGAAGAAAAUAGUAGUACGCACAAGAAAAGGCACAAGAAAGAGCACAAAAAAGAGAACAAGAAAGAGAACAAGAAAGAGCACAAGAACAGGAAGAAUGUCGCCAAGGCGGAGAGCUAUGAAAAAAUGGAGAAAAGAAUGGCGAAACGGCAGAAGAUAUUCUUGCCGUGA